GCUGACUUGACAUUUGUUUUUGGCGGGAAAAGUGUCAUAAACUUGUCAACGCGUGUUGUGAUCGAAUUUUAACAAUUUUAAUAAUGAAAAGAAUAAAAUAACAUAAAUUGUUUAUACUUUUAGCGUUUUAUUUUGUAUUUUCAAAUUUUAAAGUUGAAAAAAAGAUGACGGAGGUUAAUAUCAAUGGUGUUAAUAUUAAUUUUCCCUUUAAACCUUAUAAAGUUCAGGAGGAUUACAUGUCAAAAGUUUUGGAAUGUCUCCAAAAUGGAAAACACGGUGUUUUGGAGUCACCAACCGGAACCGGUAAAACUUUGUGUCUUCUCUGCUCGUCAUUGAGUUGGCUUACGGUUCGAAAAGCUCAGGCACAAGCACAAUCGCUCGUUGGCACUUAUGAGAAAUCGGAUUUGAAUCAUUUCGCGAAAAAAUUGACCGGCGAAUUGGAAAUUGCCGGUGGAUCUAAAGAUGGGCAGGAAAAUCAAGCGACACCCACGUUCAGUUGGAAUAUGCCGAGAAUUAUUUAUGCCUCGCGAACGCAUUCUCAACUUUCUCAAGCGAUGCAGGAAUUAAAAAGAACUUCCUAUAAACACGUCAAAGUUGCGGUUCUUGGUUCGAGAGAUCAACUUUGCAUUCAUCCCGAGGUGUCGAAGGAACCAAAUUCCUUCAAUAAAAUACAAAUGUGCCAGGCGAAAGUUAAAGCCAGGACUUGUUUUUAUUAUAAUAAUGUCGAAUCUCGAAAAGACGAUCCGAUUUUUCAUCAAGAGAUAUUGGACAUUGAAGAUUUGGCGAAAGCGGGACAAAAAGCAAGAUGCUGUCCGUAUUUUUUGUCGAAAGAAUUAAAGCAACAGGCGGACAUUACUUUCAUGCCGUAUAAUUAUUUAUUAGAUCCAAAGGCGCGAAGAGCGCAGGGAAUUGAGUUGCAGAAUAAUAUUAUUUUACUCGAUGAGGCGCACAAUGUGGAGAAAACUUGCGAGGAAGCCGCUUCUUUGCAGAUCAGCAGUACAGACGUCGCCCUUUGUAUUGACGAAGUAACAUCAGUGAUGAAGGACAUGGCCAAUGAAUUAACAGACGAUGCUUUCUCAGAUUCUCCAAAUGUCGUUAAAGAUUUCACGGCCGAAGAUCUUUUCAUUUUAAAAGCCAUGUUUCUUGAAUUAGAAAAAGCAAUCGACGAAAUUCAAUUGGAUAAAGUCGAUGAGGGAAAAACAUUUCCUGGUUGCUAUAUUUUCGAACUUUUGGAAAAAGCUCAGCUCACACAGGGUAAGGAGCAGUUUGUCAUUGAGAAAUUAGAGAAAAUAAUUCAAUAUUUAUCGACAACAAGUACAUCGCCAUUUGCCAGGAAGGGAAAUGCUUUACAGAAAUUUAACGAUUUGCUGAGAGUCGCUUUUGCUGGUGGUGCUUCCGGUUUUAAAUUGCGGGAAAAAAUAAAGCAAUGCUAUAAAGUUUAUGUACAAUCGGAAGAUCAUAAGAAGAAUAAUAAUCAAAAAAACAUGUGGGAGAAAAAGACUGUCGCGAAAACUGAAGGAAAAUUAAUUAGUUACUGGUGCUUUAGUCCAGGUUUCGGAAUGCAACAAUUGGUCGAUCAAGGUAUUCGAUCGGUAAUUUUAACUAGUGGAACACUUUCGCCGUUAAAACCGUUUAUCUCCGAACUUGGAAUUCCAAUUGGAGUUCAAUUGGAAAAUCCUCACAUUGUUACUGGAAAACAAGUGUGCGUUGGAAUUCUUUCUCAGGGUCCAGAUUCGGAACCACUUAAUUCUUCGUACAAUACGAGAAAUAAUCCGAAAUAUUUGGCUUCACUUGGACAGACGGUUUACAAUUUUAGUGCCUUAAUUCCUAAUGGGUUACUCGUCUUUUUUCCAUCUUAUCCAAUUAUGAAAAGAUGCCAGGAGGAAUGGCAAAAUUUGGGACUUUGGACAAAAAUUUCUGAACGCAAGCCAAUAUUUGUCGAGCCACAAUCAAAGGACACGUUUGUCAGUACAAUGAACGAGUACUAUGAGAAAAUUCGCGAUCCUUCGUGUAGGGGGGCAAUUUUUUUGGCCGUUUGCAGAGGAAAAGUCAGUGAGGGUCUCGAUUUCGCGGACGCAAACGGACGAGCAGUUUUAAUCACUGGCCUUCCAUUUCCACCGUUAAUGGAUCCAAGAGUUAUUUUGAAAAGGAAAUAUCUCGAGGAAAAUAAAUUAAAGGACAGAGAAAAUUUAACCGGACAACAAUGGUAUCAACUCGAGGCGUCAAGAGCUGUGAAUCAAGCGAUAGGACGAAUUAUUCGACACAAAGACGAUUAUGGAGCGAUAAUUUUUUGCGACUGUCGAUUUGACAGUGCGCAAUUUAAAAGUCAAUUGUCCGCCUGGAUUCGUCCGCAUAUUAAAAAAUUCCCUAAUUUCGGCGUCAUGGUGAAGGAAAUAAAAGAGUUUUAUCGUUAUACGGAAAGCGCCUUGCCACAACCGAAAUUAAAAUCGAAAAUAAAAGCCGACGACAUAUCAUUGCCAGCGGUUCCGGCGCGUUUUAAUUCCAUCACUACCGGUAUUAAGCGAAAUAUCGAAACAAAACCAAUUGCAAAAGAAGAGGAAGACACAUUCGUUCCCGAUAUGUAUGCAAUAAAACCAACCGAAACACCAAAAAUCACGAAAUCGACGUCAAAUAAUAUUUUCUCCGAAUCAUCGACGUCUGUGAUUAAUUUUAAUAAUUGUAAAAUAAACAGUCCAUUGGUCUCUUGUAAUUUACUGGCCAAUUUAGAAAAACCGAUUGUGACGAAAAAACGAAAAUUCGAAACUAUGGUGAAAAAUUUCGAACCAAUGGAACCACAACCAUCAACAUCAAGAGUUUCAUCGAAUUCGAAUAAUAAUUUUCAUCAAAUGGAAAAAUUGCCGAUAAAAACUAAUAAUGACACUAAAAAUCAUAACUCAAGUUCAGAGAAUAAUUGUCAAAAUGGUGAGAAAAAAAGUCCCACGGAACGAAAAAGGGAAAUUGGAAAAUUUUAUCUCAAAACGGUGAAAGAAUCAUUAAGCACGGAAAAUUAUAAACUAUUCGGAAAAAUGAUUCGAGAAUACACCAACGAAGAAAAUUUCCAAAAAUUAUUAAAAUCAUUGAUGGAAUUAUUUUAUCAGGAUAAGAAACUAUUUCCCCUGUUUAUUGGCUUCAGGAGUUUUGUGAAAAAACAACACGUUGAGUUAUUCGACACCCAAGUGACGUUGUUGCAGAGAAAAUAAAUUAUUUAUUGUCUACAGUUAAUAAUUUUGUAUAAUUAUAUAUUUAUAACUAUAGGAGCUAAUGGAAAACGAGGGUAUAAUUUUAUAAAAGAAUUAUCGUCUAUAAAAAAGAAAUCUCACCGGAGUGAUUAAAAUCACUGAAUAUUUCAAGUAAUUUCGUUUAUAUAAUAAUUUCAUCAAAAAUAAUAAAUAAAAAGUAUUUUACAAAUUUUAAA